AUGAGUAAGGCAAGCAACUGGAAUUCACAACAGCUGGAGGAAGAGAUAGCAACUACUAUUCGGCCCUUGAUGAGUGUCGAUCUAACACAGACUGAGUACCAAGGAAUGAUUGAGAUCAUGGACGAAGUGGAUAUGGAAGGUGAGGUCUAUCCAUUUGGCAUAGUUGGGAUGGCCAGCAAAGGGGAUUGCCUACAGAAAGGGGAGAGCGUCAAGUUCCAAUAGCGUGUCCUGGGCCAAAAUGCACAGACUAUGGCCUACAACAUCACACCCCUGCGUAGGGCCACAGUGGAGUGUGUGAAAGAUCACUUUGGCUUCGUUAACUAUGAAGUAGUAGAUAGCAAGAAGCUCUUUUUCCACGUGAAAGAAGUUCAGGAUGGCAUUGCGCUACAGGCAGGAGAUGAGGUGGAAUUCUGAGAGAUUUUUAAUCAGCGCACUGGCAAGUGCAGUGCUUGUAAGGUUUGGCGAGUCUGCGAGGGCCCUAAGGCUGUUGCAGCUCCACGACCUGAUAGGUUGGUCAAUCGCUUGAAGAACAUCACCCUGGAUGAAGCCAGUGCUCCUUUGCUAAUGGUUCUUCGUCAGCCAAGGGGACUAGAUAACUCAGUGGGAUUUGGUGCCGAAAGAAAGAUCCGUCAAGCUGGUGUCAUUGACUAACCCCAUCCACAAAGCACAUCAUUAAUCCAUUAUGAUCAAGUUGGGGGGAUCCUGGUGAAGGGUUCUGAGUAUCUCCCUCUUCAUCCCUCCCCAAAUCUGGAAUACUUAUUCUAUUGAGCUAUUACACCAGUUUUAACACCUUCCUCGUGUUAUGUUUAAAAAAAUAAAUAAAUUUAAGAAAACCAUUUAAAAAUUAUGCACAGUUGCAGCCUGGAAAACUGAAGGUGGCGCCUUAUAGUAUCAAUUUUAGGAGCCUUAUUUGGUGCAUUUAACGUAACUGGUAAUUGCAAAAUCCACUUUGCCUGUGUAAGUGAAAAAUAUAGACCGUUACCUUGUUGGCCCUAUGAAAUUCUGCACUUGAUACUUAGUAUGUACUCUACCUUGAUUACUUCUGGCAAGAUGUUCUGCCUUAGCACUCAGUUGCAUUCUUUUUCCUUUUCUCCUCUGUUCAUUAUGCUUUAAUUCUGAGGACCAUAUGAUGGUAGAAUAUAUUAAAAAUUACAACAAUUUGUAUAGGCAAACCAGUUCUUUAAGUUGAUGGCCAAAUGUUAUUUUUCAUAUCAUUUAUAAUCUUGUCACAGUCCACUUAAUGAAGUUUGGUUAGAUUUCAGAGAAAAUUAUCUUCCCGGGUAGUUCCCACCCCG